CGAGUUGUCGUGCAGUUGUCAAGUCAAAUGUCAAAUCUUUAUCUCGAAGUGAUCUCGAAUGAAUUUUGAUGUUUUUAGGUUAAGAUGUUGGACAAUUUUGCUCAAAAGACUGAAUGAAGAGAAACAUUGUUUUUCCUAUUGGUUAUCCUGAAUGAUUUUUUUAUAAAUAAGGCAAUUAAGAAAUAGAAAUACAGUAAUUAGUUUUAUUUCAACAAAUACCGGUCUCUUGCCAAUAUGGCGCAUCAAUGGAUAUUUUCUUUAAUUGUACUAUCUUGUGCUCUAUACAGCAUGGGAGUAGAUAAAAAUAAUUUUAAGACUUGUGAUCAAAGCAGUUUUUGCAGACGUUUAAGAGCAGUAAAACCUGGCGAGAGCAAAUAUGAAAUAGACCUAGAUUCACUACAAGUUACUGACAAUUCUGUAGAUGCCAAAUUACUUAACACUGAAGCUGGAGUUCUUUUUAAAUUUUCAUUAACUGCUAUAAAUGGUAAUAUAUUUAGAAUACAAGUAGACGAGGCAAGUCCUCUGUAUCAGCGAUACAGGCCUCAGUUUGCAUUAAAUGGAGAACCACAAGUAAGCAAAAAAGAGUCGAAAAGGUUGAGAUUUACAUCAGAUGACGACCUGGCACUUUUAAGAGAAUUUAUUUGGCAAAAGCCUCUUGAAGAACCAGAAAAGUGGGGAAUCGUUCAGAAAAAUGUUUUUGAUAUUUCUGGAAAAAAAUUUAGUAUUCGCACGUUGAAAGAUCACCUGUUUUUAAUAUUAGAGACUUGGUUGCUAAAGGAUACAGAUUUCUCAAAAAGAUCUGGAUUUGAGGAAAUUUAUUCUGAAAGGGACCAAUUGUUGCAAGAAGUAAGUGACAUUUGCAAUAGUUCUAAUAUUAGUCCUCGCAAGAAGAAAAAAACUGAAAGCAAGGAAAAACAAAUUGCUGAUUUAGGCAGAAUAGUGAGAGAACAAUGUGAUAAUAUUCAAUUAAAACAUGAGAUUUCUACCAGUACCAGUAAUAGCCAGUCUAAUUAUUUAGACCAUGAUAAUUUUGGGGGUCUUAAUAAAGAUAAAAUUGAGUUAGUCGUAGAAACGGAAAUUAGACCAGAUAUGUCCUCACAUAUUCCUAUAGUGGAGACAACGCAAGUAAACAAUGAAUCUGAAUCAAACAGGAGAAACUUCGGAGUACUAAAGGCUAGAAAAACUGCUUUAGAGUAUUUACAAAGUAAAGAAGAAAAGCAACGUUUAUAUAAAGAAAAAGAACUUGAAUUGCAAGAGAAACGUCUUCAGUUAGAAGAAAGAAAAAUCACGUUGCAAGAAAAACAAUUUGAAAUGGAAGUAUUGGAAAGGAGAGAAAAGUUGGAAAUAGAAAAAGAAAAAAAUAAAGAGGAACUAUUUGAAAGAAAUCAAUUGGAAGUACUGGAGCGCUCUAAAGACUCUGUGUCCAUCACAUACAACAAAAACAAAGUAAUAAUCCACGCGAGACCACUCAAAAUCGAAUUCUUCGAAAACGGCGAGCUUGUCAGUGUCGUAAAUGGCAGAGGAUUGUUCACUUUUGAACAUUACAGAAAGAAACAAGAACAAACCAAUGAAGAGGGUCAAGAAAAUCAAGUUGCUGAAGACCCAGGUGCUUGGGAAGAGAACUUCAAGUCUCAUCAUGACAGUAAACCUAAAGGACCUUCGGCCAUAGGGUUGGAUGUUAGUUUUCCAGGAGCUUUAAGGGUUUAUGGUCUACCUGAACAUGCUGAUAGAUUAGCUUUGAAAACCACUGGUCCAGGAGGUGUAGAUCCAUACCGUCUCUAUAAUUUGGAUGUUUUUGAAUAUGAAUUAGAUUCUACCAUGGCCAUUUAUGGUGCCAUACCUGUUGUUUAUGCUCACUCACCUAAACGCACUGUUGGAGUAUUUUGGCAUAAUGCUGCUGAAACUUGGGUUGAUAUUAAUAAUAGCAAAGAUGGUAAUGUCAUGGCUUCUAUAGUCAACUUGGUUUCAGGUAGCAAAUCUGAAAACAAUGUAGAUGCCCAUUUCAUGAGUGAAAGUGGUAUUGUCGAUCUUUUUGUCCUGAUGGGUCCAACUCCUAAAGAUGCAAUUAAACAGUAUGCCUCCCUCACUGGUGUACACCCUCUACCUCAAUAUUUCACUCUAGCCUACCACCAGUGCCGUUGGAAUUACAACGAUGAAGACGACGUUACUAGUGUGGUUCAGAACUUCGAUAUUAGUGACAUGCCUGUUGAUAUUAUGUGGUUGGACAUUGAGUACACUAACGGAAAAAAAUAUUUCACUUGGGAUCCUGUGAAAUUCCCCCAUCCUGAUGUUAUGAUUCAAAAUUUGACAGCCACCGGAAGGAAACUUGUUAUCAUCAUAGAUCCACAUAUUAAAAGAGAAUCUGGAUACUUUGUACAUGAAGAUUCUUUAUCUAAUGAUUACUAUGUCAAGAAUAAGGAUGGCACUGUUUAUGAAGGUUGGUGUUGGCCUGGUUCUAGCAGUUAUUUAGACUUUUACAAGCCAGAAACUGUAGAGUACUACAAAGACUUGUAUUCUUUGGAAAAUUUCAAAGGUACUACUCAUGAUGUUAAUUUUUGGAAUGAUAUGAAUGAACCAUCUGUAUUUAAUGGGCCUGAAAUCACAAUGCCUAAAGAUUGUAUACAUCAUGGCGGAUGGGAACAUAGAGAUGUACAUAAUGAGUAUCCAUUAGCACAUACCUACGCCACGUUUCAAGGCCUAAUCAAUCGCAGUCCCAAUAAGCGUCCCUUUAUUUUGACCAGAGGUCAUUUCUCAGGGUCUCAACGUUACACUGCAAUGUGGACAGGUGACAACGCCGCUGAGUGGUCGCACUUGGCCGUCAGCUAUCCGAUGUGUCUUUCAGAAGCUAUUGGUGGCAUCAGUUUUUGUGGUGCUGAUAUCGGAGGGUUCUUUAACAAUCCGGACAUCGAGUUGUUACAGAGAUGGUAUCAAGCUGCUGUAUGGUUGCCGUUCUUCAGAGCGCAUGCCCAUAUUGAUACCAGGAGGAGAGAACCAUAUCUUUUUGCUGAUGAUGUGAAGAAUAGAAUUAGAAAUGCUUUAAGACUGAGAUAUGCCCAUCUCCCACUCUGGUACACGUUGUUCUGGCAACACGAAAUCACAGGAGAACCUGUAAUUCGCCCACUUUUCUACCACUAUCCUACCGACGAAAAUGUCCUCGAUAUUGACAAUGAAGUUCUAGUUGGAAAUACCGUUUUGGCUCGCGUCAUUUCUGAUCCUGGCGUUUCGAGUAUUAAUGUUUACUUACCUGGUGGGGCAAAUGAGUAUUGGUACGAUAUUGAAGAUUUUAGGUUAUAUCAUGGUACCGGAAAUUACAAUAUUCCCGUUUCUUUGGACAAGAGUCUGGCAUUUUAUAGAGGAGGUAGCAUCAUUCCAAGAAAAGACAGACCAAGAAGAUCAUCAUCGUUAAUGCACAAUGAUCCCUUCACCUUGUACAUUGCCUUAGAUUCCAAUCAACAAGCUAGCGGCUACCUCUACAUAGAUGACGCAGAAAGCUUCGAAUAUAAAAACAAAAAAUACCUAUACGUUCGUUUCACAUUCGAAGACAAUACAUUGAAAAGCGAAUUAGUCGACAAAACUGAUUACCCUACAAAAGAAUGGAUAGAAAGACUGGUAAUUCUAGGUCCUCCGAAAGGUGUUAAGAGUGCUAAACUAGUUAGUAAGAGUUUGGGCAGCGUCGAAUUGGAUGCGGCAUACAGCAACGAAGACAGAAUUUUGGUUGUAAGGAAGCCAGGGGUUAGUAUAAGAGAGAAAUUUACUGUUAAAUUAUAUUUUUAAAAUAUAGUUGUCAAGCAUUCCUAAACACCUUAACUGCAGUGGUAAAAAGUACUAAUUAGGUUGUUCCAUGUAAAAUUAACUAAAUGUUAAAGUUUGAGUUAAUUUUGGUUAAUUUGUGGCAUAUUUGUUUCAUAUCACCUAAAGUAACUAUACAUUAUUUUCUUAUUUUUGAGUUAAAUUUGUGCAAUUAUCAAAACAAUCUUAAAAAAUCACGUACUCAAAGUAUUAUAUUUAUAAAACAUCGUGUAUUUAUUUAUACAUGUUAAAAAUUUUAAAUUACUCUCCCAUUGACAACUAUUAGUGCUUCUGUCAUUUCUUGUUUUAACGCUUUUAAACAUUUAAAUAUUUGGAAUACUUUGCAUCCUUGGGAAAAAAGUCGCAAUGGGUGAUAUCGGGUAAAUAUGUAGGACGGGGUAAAAAAAAACCUUGUUUCAUCCCAGAUUUUCCGAUUUUUGGCGUCCGGCAGCAAAUAUCCUAAAUAUAAUUCAAAUACAGGUAUUUUUAUUUGUUGAUUUUAUCUGGAAUAACCUAAUGAGUAUCCUGUCUCUUGUCACAGAUAAAAUACUUUUGGUAAAAUUAUGCCUUUUGAUAAGAAAUUGCACAAUUUUUUUCCAGUGACUGACAGCAAUGUCAUAUACAGUAAAUAAUGUUGCAUACUUAAUAGGUAACUUACAGGAUGUGACAUGCCAUUAUUGACCACUAAUAUGAAAAUGGAAAU